AUGGGUUCGAUGGGCGAAGAAAGAACUUUCCCGCUCAAGAGGCCUCGAGGGCACAAAGUACCCGUUCCCCGAUGGUCCCUCAAGUUUCCGGACAACGUCACUCAUGUUUACACCCUUUACGUCGGAGUACAAUGCCGUUCUGAAAAUGCCGCUACUCGUUGCAGGGUAGAAAGCGUCAUCGAGGCUAUACUGUCCGGCAGCAACAACAACAAGGCCCCGGCUAUAGACACUUUCCGCGUGACUGAUGGCUUCGAUUUAGAGAGGUCGAGAGUCUGGGUCGCAUACUGGACAGCUAAAGAGGCCUUCGAGGCGACGUUGGAAGUAUUGGAUCUGACCAAGAUCUGGCAAGACCUGGGUCCAGACAAUGAGCAUAUCGGUCUGUGGAAGGAGCAUUUUAUAGCCCCUAUUGAAAGACUGGAGACGAACUACGCUCGACUAGACCACCGUCCAGGUAUUGCUCAGCUCCCUGAUACCACACAGCCUGGCCAUGACCUCACGGCUUACUGGGGAGCCGGAAGGGAUCGAAUUCCAGCUUCAGCACACGAUCGCUUUGAAACGCCGAAGAAUAUCAGUGCACCAUCUAAGAAGCCAAAGGGGUUCGGCGAGAGACUCACAGGCUCCAACUACGAUAACAUGUGCCACAUCCGUUCUGGCCAAUGGUGGGAGCUCUGUGAGGAAGAAGAGCGAAUAUCAUACGAGACUACAUUACAAGGCAAGCUCAUGGAAGGCAUGAACUACCUCUGGGACCAUCCCGAAGAAACAGGCACGAUAGGUUUGAGAUUUCUCCAGAAUCUGAAUGCCGACGGCAAGCCCAUAAAGGAGACUUGUGGCGCGGGUUUCCACAAGAACUGGGCCGAUCUGGAGAAAUGGUCAUCGAGACAUGCAAGUCAUUUGGCAAUCUUCAACGGAAUGAUGGCUCAUGCAAAGCAUUUUGGUGAGAGUCGCAAGCUUAUGACUUGGCACGAGGUCUGGAUUCUCAAGAAAGACGAAGCGCACUUCGAAUACAUCAAUUGUGAUCCUCGGACGGGAGUCAUCUCGUGGGUGGAGUUGGAACGGACGCCGUUGAGUGCGAGAGGACAGUGA